UGAACCGCGAUGCACCAAAUCGAAACUUCCUGGAAAAAGAGUUGAACGAAUAUUAAUUUUUUUUUUUCCUGGUUUUGCUGUGUGUCUCGCUUGUCCUUGUGCAUGUCUUUGUAUUCUUCUCGGCGCUCCCAUGGCCAAACCCAAGGCUCCAAGACGAACCCUUGACUCUUACACGGUCAAACACAUCAACAAAACCAUCCGAGCCGGGGACUGUGUCCUCAUGCGGCCGUCGGAUCCAUCGAAGCCGUCGUACGUGGCGAAGAUCGAUCGGAUUGAAGCGGACGGCCGUGGGGCCAACGUGAAGGUCCACGUCAGAUGGUACUACCGGCCCGAGGAGUCGAUCGGCGGCAGACGGCAAUUCCACGGCUCCAAGGAGGUUUUCCUCUCCGAUCACUUCGACGUCCAGAGUGCCGAUACCAUCGAGGGCAAGUGUACGGUCCACACAUUCAAGAGCUACACCAAGCUCGAUGCUGUCGGGAACGAAGACUUCUUCUGCCGUUUCGAGUACAAUUCCUCUACUGGAGCUUUCAAUCCCGAUAGAGUCGCCGUGUAUUGCAAGUGUGAGAUGCCUUACAACCCUGAUGAUCUAAUGGUUCAGUGUGAAGGGUGCAGUGACUGGUUUCAUCCUGCUUGUAUAAACAUGACUGUGGAGGAAGCUAGAAGACUAGAUCAUUUCUUUUGUGAAAAUUGUUCCUCUGAAGGUCAGAAGAAGUUGCAGAGUUCUCAUGCUUCCAGACACUCGGAUAUGAAGGUGGAGACAAAACGACGUCGGAGGUGACUCGGUACAUAAACAUAAGGUAGAGUUAUAACACGGAGGAACUGGAUCUUCUUUAUCUUCUAGUGUUGGGUAGGCUUCAAGCAAACACGGAGGCUCUAUCACUCGCAGGCUGGUAUUCACGAGUUGAUGGGAGAGGGGAAAUGGUUUAAAAACGUCUGUCAUGUCUGGUUGUUUUAAGGGGUAAUCACCCUUUUACCUUAAAGGUCAAGGUCAAGGAUGUGUUUGGUUGUCAGUAAUCAUGUAAUAUAAUCUCUCUUCCUUCAGUUUCUUGUUCAUGAAUUAGGAAUGUGUCUGCUAAUUACCUCAAAAAAUAGAAAUGUGUAUAGACGAGGGUGUUCUCAACUUAAGAGCAAUAGAUACGGGUUUUUAAUGUAUCUACUGUGGUAUAUACUGUCUUGGACCUUGCUACUCCCAACUGCAAAUGUAUGACAUCGUCAUUUAUAUACCCU